UUCUUUCCCAUAACUCUAUCAGAAUUUAUUGUUAAGUGUUGAAUUAUUAGAGUCUAAUAUUUGAUAAAGUAGUUAUAUAUGUUGUAUUCAAAUCUUUAGUGAGCCUAUACUUAAGCCCAUUUCGAAGACUAAUCUAACAUCAUAGAACUUCAAUGUGUUUCAUUAUUUCAUCUACCUUCAACGUUUGUGUUUUCAUUAGCCUAAGAUUUGCUUAAUUGUGAUCAGAACUACUGAAGAACACGUAAAGCAUGCAAACAACAAUGGCUCUAAGUUUGUACACUCUCCCACAAGUGAGCACUCUCAAUGUCAAAGCUUCGAAAUUCUGCAUGACCUUUACUCUCGACCACUCCUCUCCUAAGGGAGUCGAAAGUCUAAAGAAGCCUUAUAGCCCAGGACGCGAGAUGGUUAUUAAUCAAGUAGCACAUUCUAUGGCACCCGAAAAGAUUGAGAUCUUCAAAUCGUUGGAAAAUUGGGCAGAAGAGAGUCUUUUGAUGUAUUUAAAACCUGUUGAAAAAUGUUGGCAGCCUCAGGAUUUUCUACCUGAUGCAACUUCACAGGGUUUUUACGAUCAAACCAAAGAGCUGCAGGAGAGAGCCAAUGAGAUUCCAGAUGAUUUCUUUGUUGUUUUGGCAGGACAUAUGAUUACAGAAGAUGCUCUUCCAACUUACCAGACAAUGCUUAAUACAUCGGAUGGAGUCAGAGAUGAAACCGGUUCUAGUCCGACUUCAUGGGCAACUUGGACUAGAGCUUGGACUGCUGAAGAAAACAGACAUGGUGAUCUUCUUAACAAAUAUCUGUAUCUCUCUGGUCGUGUUGAUAUGAGAGCCAUCGAGAAAACGAUCCAGUAUUUGAUUGGGUCAGGAAUGGAUCCGAAAACAGAGAACAAUCCAUAUUUGGGAUUCAUAUACACGUCGUUUCAAGAAAGGGAAACAUUCAUUUCACAUGGCAAUGCAGCAAGGCUUGCCAAACAGCAUGGUGAUCUGAAACUAGCACAAAUUUGUGGCAUAAUUGCUGCAGAUGAGAAACGCCACGAAAAUGCUUACAGCAAAAUAGUGCAGAAACUGUUUGAAAUCGAUCCUGACACAACCAUCCUUGCUUUUGCUGAUAUGAUGAGGAAGAAGAUCUCUAUGCCGGCCCAUUUCAUGUAUGAUGGCAGCGACUGCAAUUUGUUUGAUCACUUUGCUGCUGUUGCUGCUCGGCUUGGAGUUUACAGUGCCAAGGACUAUGCUGAUGUUAUGCAGUAUUUUGUGGGCUAUUGGCAAGUUGAGAAGCUUAUUGGUCUUUCGUCUGAAGGGCGUAAGGCUCAGGAAUAUGUAUGUAGUUUACCUCAAAGAAUUAGAGUUAUAGACCAUAGGGCUCGAGAGAGGGCAAAACAAGCAUCUUAUUUUCCUUUUAGUUGGGUCCAUGGAAGAGAAGUUGAGCUUUGAGUUCUGGAUUCUAAGGUCUAAAAAAAAACUAACAAAAAUACUCGUUGGUCGUUUGGUUGCACUUGGGAAGUUACAGUCUUCCCUUGUAUUUGCAAUCCUGAUGUAUUUGCAAGUUCUAUGUAUUUUCACUUUCUUUGAAUUGACUAAUAUUGUUAG